AUGGGAACCCAGGACGCGCAAAGUAAGCAUGGAAAGGAAGGUACAGAAGGGACGAGCAGGCAGGAUGAGCAAGGAGUCCAUACGAGAGGAGAUUCCCUCGGGAGCAUCGACGAUUAUCACCUGCUAAGUUGUGAGGGGAUAGGUGAGAGUGAGUUAAAGGACAUGGACAAGGAGCUGGAAAAGAUGACUAACAUGGGGGAGCUAAAGGAAAUGACGUCUAAGGAGUUUAGGGAGCUGAUGGGAGGUGGUGACCUGCAUGGAGGACGCGACCUGGAUGAAGGAGAUAAAUUAGGUGUUGAUUUCAAUCUCGGGAGGAAUUCCCAACAGAAGAAUAAUCUGCCUCGAUAUUCUCAAUUGAGUUUCCUCAACGAUGAUUUUCAGUUCAAGGAGGAUUCUCAUUUUACGAAUUUGAAUUCAAAGUCUAGUCGCAGGAGAGACAGUCACUUGUCACUGGGUAACAUGCGUAACUCUUCCAUUUUUAAUUUAAGUGUAACGGACGACAAUGGGAAGAGGUGGUCGCAAAAUUACACCUCUGGUGGGAAUGAGAUAUUUCAUGCUUCGCUUUCGCGCACGGAUAAUGCGUAUGAUAGUGACUUGAUAACGCCGUCCCCGUCGAAGGUGGAGGGCAGCUCGGAGGUCGACCCGGACAAGGGGGGCGAGAUGGGGGAUCCGCGAAGUGGUGUACAAAGUGGUGCACGAAGUGGGAGACGCUCCAUUGACGUGCUCGAGGAGGAGCUAGAUAAACUGAAAAGGGGCUUCCUACUAAACAGUGGGGAAAAGAGUCACAUGAGUGACAAAUCAAAUGAAGAUAUGAUGGACGGAGGAUACGCAAGUGACUCUGAGUUUUUAAAAAGAACAUCCCUAGACAAGAAAAUUAGUGUCGACCUCAAUUUUGGAAAUGACGAUUCAUUGAAUAACAGCAGAUUGUCCAAUGGUAGCUACUCUUUAUGGGAGAGCAGAAUCAGCACGUCUAGGAAGAUAAGGCUAAACAAUGAGACGCCAAAGAAAGGGAUCCUAAAGAUGAGCAAUUCUCUGUCCCCGAUAAAGGAAGUAGUCCCCCCUGAGAAUAUUAGUGCACGAAAGAAGUCGGUGCAGUUUUCCCAUAGAUCUAUUGCCGUUUUUGAUGACAAGGAAAAAGUAUCACCUUUACAUCUAACACAGUUUACUAGAAUUUCUAGCGAUUCUAAUAAUUCCGAAAUGAAACAGAAAAGUGCAUCUAACGGUUCUAGUUCUGACAAGGAAAAGGUCGAUACAUUUCAGCACAAUUUGGCUAGCUGUAUGGAUAAAUCACCAAUUGAUGAGCUACUGUAUAGGUAUGAUAGUCUUAACGGUGCAAAAAGAAAUUCUAUUGAGUACCCGGUCGAUGGAAAUGCACCUAACGAUUUCAUGAGGAGACUGUCCUCCGAAUCGAUGCGAUUUAAAACGAAGACCUCUGUGGAUAUGGUCCAGUCAGCUCGUUUAUCCCCUAUUAAGAAUAGAUUCCAAGGGGCGAACAUUAAAAAGAGUACUCACCUAGAUAGAAGCAAGGAGAAGGGGGAGGAAGAGGAGAAGAAAGAGGACCAUGAUGAUGACGUCCUACAUAAAUUGCUAACCACCGAUAUUGACCAAAUAAAAGAGGAGGAUUUUUUAAACUAUAGCCUACUUAGCGACUCUAGGGAGUUUAAAAGCUACGGUCGGGUGGGCAGCGAGGAUGUGUAUGAGAGGGCUCCCAGCCAGCAUUCCAAGGGGGGAGGCGAAUCACAGAAGGGUGUAGAUGGAGAUGAAGUUGAGGGGGCUACGACCAGCUACAGGGUGAAGGAAGAGCAGGGGAUAGGUAGAAGCGGGGAGGAGGUGGAGGAAGACCCGUUGGACGCGAACAAUGCGAACAGUGCAGAAGGGCAGUGUAAGGAGGAGGAAGUGAGACAGGACACUCAGGUGGGCACUGCGGGUAGAAAGUCCAUCCUGGAGAGGCUUCCCACCGAUGAAGCAGUGGCGCCAAAGGAAAACGUCACAAUACAGUACAGGGCGUCCACGCAUAGGCGGAGCGAACACACGAGGGGGGUCACCACACAGGACAGUUUGUCUGAGGGGGACAAGGGAAACGAGAAUGCAGGUGAGAGCGGAAAUGUAAAGGAUGGUGAGCGUCAUGCGGCAAAUGCAGGUCACUUGGAAGGAGAGACGCAGGGGAUGCAGCAGCGGAACAAGCGGGAUGAACCCAUUUGGAGACCGUUCGCUGAACGUAGGCAUGGCACCCAGAGGGAAACGAUAAACAUAGGGGCAGUCCCCAAGGAGGUACAGCACAACAGUUUUAAGGUAGCCAAAGCGAACAGGAGAGCUAGCUACAGCGUGAAUAUGCAUGCCAGGGACGAUGAGGCGCAAGCGAAGUUCAGGAACAGGAAGAGCCUAAGCGAGAGGGGAGAGACGGGUGGGAAGACCCAAGUGGGCUCCGCGAGUAGGAUGAGCGUGGUGGCGAAUGAUGAAGUGGGGCAGGAAGAAGGCAAGCACUGCAGGUUGAAGGAGCUUCCGGGGACGGGCGCAGAAGAGGAUGACAUGGGCGACAUGGACGAAGUGGAGGAAGCGGAGGAGGACAAGGAAGCGAUGCUUCAAAAGGCGAAACUGUUUAAUCGGGCGGGAGGCGAGCAAUACACGGAGGAAGGAUGUUACGGUGAACUUUAUGCAGGGGACGAGGACCAUGUGCAGGUGGCGUUGGGGGAGGCUACACAAUUGAAGGCCCGAGGGAGAUACACUACGCACAUCGACCAGGGAGGCUUUGGGGGAGGGUCCAGCGACGACCUGCAUGAGUUGGGCAAGCACGCAAGGGCCAAUUCAGACGAGGGGAAUUAUAAGAAGUAUGUAUAUGACGAGGUUGCGCGGGGUGAGGAGGAUGUGGGAGAGGGGUUCUUCGUGGAGGGUGGUUUGAAUUUGGCAGAGGAGGAAGAAGCCUCCCACAGCGCCGACAUGGGACCCUACAGGGGGGAAGAAGCUGCGCAUGAGGUGGAGGAAGCGGCCCACGAGGGGGAGGAAGCGAUGCAUCAGGACGACGAAACGCAGCAUGAGGUGGACGACGCGGAGGAGAGGAACAGGCAAGAACAGACGCGACGAGAAUGGACAGAACAAAAGCAGCAACUGAAAAAAAAGUUAAACGAAAAUUUAAUAAAAAAGCAAGAAAUGAUAAAGCAAAUGACAUUAGCAAUUGUGAGAAGGUGUAGGAUAUACUCGCUCAAGGAGCUAAAGAGUAACAAAAGAAAUUUAAUGAACCUGAUGCAUCUGUAUGAACACAUACGAGACAUGAUGUUUUCCUUCGUUGGCAAAAUUAAUCACCUGAAUAAUGUGAGUGUGAAAUUGGACGACGCUAUUCUAAAGUAUGAAGUCACACAACUCAAGUGUAGUAGAACGAAAAAAGCAAUUGAAACGCUGAAGAAAUAUAAUGGUAAAAUGGAGACCAAGGUAAAGGAGAAAAAGAAUUUAUUAGCCAAGCAGGAUAAUGUGUUGAGUAAAAAAAUGAAAAAAAUUGAAGCGAUGACCAUGGAACUAACCAAAUUGAAGAAUAUAUAUAAUGAAGGGUCUUUAAGGAAACAAGAGAUUCAUUUAAUUAAUUUAUACAAGAGGAAGAUGGAGGAGCUGAAGAGUAUAGAACUGGUUAAGGGGUUGGUCAUUAAUAACUUUAAUAAGUAUGGUAUUAAUUUUGAGCUACUGAAUUUUAAUUACUUCAAUUUUUCCACUUUGUAUGAUUACCGGGGUGUGGAUUCGUUUUUCCUUCACGAGGGAGACGUUGUGAUGAAUCGGUUGGGUCAGAACAGGGAGGAGCAUGUGUUCAACGGGGGGGAAGCGGCGCAGCAGCAGCAUCAGCAGCAUCAGCAGCAACAGCAGCAGCAGCACAAGGGUGAAACGACAAGCGGUGUUGCAAACGGGAUGGCUGUUUCCAGCAUAACAGCUGCUAAUAACACCCAUGGGUCAGGUCCUGCACAGGAUGGAGAGUACCUGAGAAAGGGGAUGACUCACAACUUGUAUGAAAUAAGUGAUCUGUACGAACGGGAGUGUAAAUUGAAAAACAGUUUUAGGACGAGGAAGGGGAAGAGGAAUGCAACGAUUUUGAACAGCCAUGUGUCUGAGGAAGACAUGAAUUCUGCCUGGCCUUAUAACAUAACCGUGGAUAUUAUUUUUUGUAAUAUGAGUAAUGUGGGGGUACAAAGGGAGGCGGACAAUUAUAUUGUUUCAUCCCCAGUGAAGAUAAAAAAUAUGAAGCACCUGAUUGCUAAUAAAAUGCACCUCUUGGGUGGAGAAAACGGAGGAGUGGGUACCCUUGGAUGUACUUCCGCUGAGGCAAGUAGAAAGUAUAUUAAACUUUUCCGGCCUUACAAGAUACAAAUGAACUCCUUUGUGAAUUUUAAGGACAUCACCUUGACCACAUACUACAAGUAUAUAAGCAGCGACAACCUGUACCAUCACAUCUGGAAUAAACGACACGACAGGGAAAGCUACUCGCUAAAGGUGAACAGUCUUCAAGAUGAUGAAAGACAGAAGAGGAGAAAGAACGUGCACCUUGUGAAAAAAAAUAUGGAGAGCUACUCGUACUACUGCAGCGAUAAUCAUGUUGGUGUGGAGUGGAAGGUGCAACUUGAAAUUGUUAAAUAUAAACUCCUCGAGGUGGUUAACAGACGCCUGCAGAGGUACACGAACCGGGAGAGUGCCAACUUGGUCAACGGCAACGCGAACACUCUGCAUCAGCGACAUGGCAACGCGAAUGAGCCGAAUUUUCAACAGAAGGCGGAGGUCGCCACGGCCAAGCCAAACAAAGAGGCCCUCAUGUACCUGGUGGAGGAAGCAGAGUACUGUAGUAUCAUCCUGAAUAAUGUCCUGAGCCAGUACAAGCAUCUGCUCAAGUGCUUCCUCUGUCUGUCCAACACCUAUUUCGAUUACAACCAGCACGUGGUCAUUUUCAAGACCAUCGUUUUGUCCCAGCAGAUUUGUCCCCACCCGUUCUGGCUCUACCUUUACAUAAACCUGGAGGAGGCGUUCACGUUCGCUUCGCUCCUCCACGGCAUCGUCCAGGUGAAGGUGGAGAGCGUCGACGAGGAAGACAAGUACAACGAGGACUGCAAGGCGCUGAACAGCAACAUUGUGAAAACGCUCCAGCAGUGCAUCUUCGCACUCAAGUCGAAACCGCUGGAUCUCUCCGAGAGGAUAAACUCCUACAACGUGGUGGACGUGAUAUAUGCCGUCGUCAUGAAUGAGAAUUACAAUUUCCACAGCUACCAGAACAACCUAGAGGACAACAUAAAAAAAUUGACUUCAUGUGAUACAUUCAUAAAUGGUGUUGUGAGUAAGAACAUUGUCGUCCCGGUAGAAAUUAAAAAAGUUAUGUGA